GCGUGCGGCAUAUCAUUAACGCGGUAUUAGAGAUUAAACAUGCGGGACGUCGCGGCGGUUUUACACAAACAGCUCGACAUGGACGCGGAGAAAGACGGACGGAGAGCACUGAAGCGGAAAAUAUCAACGACGAGCUGUGAUGUGUGUGAAGCUGAAGAAGCCAAGUACCGCUGUCCCAGCUGCCAGAAGUGCUCCUGCAGUUUGCCCUGUGUGAAGCAGCACAAGCUCCAGUCAGGGUGCAGCGGCGUUCGGGAUCGCACCGCCUUCGUCGCUCUGUCUCGCUUCAGUGACCUGGACCUGCUCAGCGACUACAGGUUUCUGGAGGAGACGGGGCGCAUCGCUGAUGGACCCAACAGAGACACGCUGCUACACACUCCAUCACACCACUCCUACAGUGCGAAGCUGCUGUUGCGGAACGCGAGGGCGGCGAAAGUGACUCUGAAGCUCCUGCCGAAGUCAUUCAGCCGGCGCAGAGAGAACACCUCCUUCUAUAACAAAACAGAAAAGAAGCUGUACUGGUACCUCAAGCUGUUCUUCCCUCACAGCAACGCCAAAUACUCUGCCAGAGUUCCAGAAGACCAAGUUCUUGAGAAGAUCCUGAGCCACUACAUCCACCCGACCGAAUCGGAUCCGGUCAAACGGCAAAACUUAAAGAUGUACGUUGACACUCCAAUCGAUCGGCUCAGUGUGUUUAUGAAGUCUGAGCAGAGGCUACCAAACUCUCUGAAGUACCAUGAGCUGGACUUGAAGAAAACGCUGAGAGAGAACCUAAUGUUCAAAACAGUGGUGGAGUAUCCAGAGCUCCAUGUGGUCGUCAAAGAACGGCGCUGUGAGGAGUACUGUGCCCGCAUCCCAGACAGGAGCAUCAUCUCAACACGUCCUUCCUGCUCUUCAGAAGCGCUUGGAGCUCUAGAGAGCCGCACGGCAAGACCAGAAAACGAAACAGCGGCACAAUCUGACCUGGAGGAAGGAGAGAUUCGAAGUGAGGAGGAGGAGAAGGAUGAUCAAAAUACUGCCAGGAGUGUCAGUUGUGCAGUCUUUAAAAAUAAUGAGUAUGUUAGCACUUCUGUAGAUCAAAAUUUAACCAGAAAAUCGGAUGAUGCCUCUUCACCUCCACGUUCUCUAAAUAAGUAUGACGAUGAUCAACACACAGCAGCCUCAGAGUGUCUUUUUCCUCCUUCUUCAAGUGAUAAGGAUGUUAAAGAUGGCAUUAAUAGUCCUGCACUUCAUGAUGCAGACUGUCUUCCUCCCUGCCCUGAUGAUGUCACCAAACACACCAAUGGCCUUAUGGAAGUAGAUGCUGCUCAUCUUCUUGAUGAGAAUUGUGGUGAUGGUAGAACGUCUAUCGAUCAAAAUCUAACCAAAAGAUUAAACGAGAGUUCUCCUCAACGUACUCUAAACGAAUGUGAUGAUGGUGAUAUCAAAAAUACUGCAAGCUCAGGGUGUCUUCCUCAUUCUCACAGCAAGAACAUUGAUGUUGAAGGUGACCUUGAGAGUCCCGCUGUCCAGGAUGCCAUGUGUCUUUCUUCGUGCACUGAUGUCACCAAAGAGAAUAGUGACUCCAUGGAAGUAGCUUGUGCAUCUCUUUCCCUUCCUGCAGAUGAUGGUGGUAGUAAUGAGGGCAGCCCUUCUAUAGAUCAAAACCCAAAAUUUAAAUGACCUUUUAUGCUCUAAACAAUAAUGGUGGUGGUGGUGGUGGUGGUAAUAUUAAAAACACCGCCAGCUCAGAGUGUCUCUGUUCCUUCUUCUUCAAGCAAGAACAUUGAUAGGGAUGUUGUUGAUCCUGCUGUUUAUAAUGUAGUGCAUCUUCCUUCUUGCCUUGAUGCUGUCACCUAACAGAGUAAUAAUGUCAUGCAAGCAGAAGGUGCUUCUCUUUUCUCUAUCUCGGCAUGCUCCAAAUUAUAAUGACGAUGGUUGUGAUAUCAAACAGUUCAGAGUGUUGUAUUCUUCUUCCUUGUUUAAGUAAAAACAUCAAUAAGGAUGUUGAAGGUCAUCAUGAUGACCCUCAUAGUCCUGCUGUCCAGAACUUGGUGCGUCUUCCUUCCUGCAUUGGCGAUGUAUCCAAACAGACUCCAUAGAAGCAGAUGGUGCUCCUCCUCAUGAUAGUGAUGAUAAUGAUGGUGAAGGAACUAAGGGCACUAUUUGUGUAGAUCAAAAUCUAUUUUAAAAACCAAUUGACUAUCUUUGUUUUCUAAACGAGAAUUAGUUUGGUAUUAAAAGCUCAGCAGACUCUGAGCAUCUUGUUCUCGCUUGAAGAAGGAAGAUUGUUCAGGAUAAUGGACAUCUACAUGAUGUUGAGCAUCCUACUUUUUCAGAACACUGUCUUUCUUCUUUCCUCAAACAGACUCAUGUCUUGCGCUCUUCCUCUUCCAUUUUCUGAUAAUCAGGGUAUCCUAGAGAUCAGAAUCCAACUGAAAAAAUCAACGACCAGCCACCUUCACAUGCUCAAUGUUUGCAUUAUGUUUCAAGCAAUCAGGAUGUUGGAGGUCAUUUUGGUGACCUUGUUAGUGCUAGUCCAAGGUAGUGGUUCAUUGGAAGCUGAAAAUAUUGAUACCACGCCUAUCUACCAACGAUUAGAAGUCAGUGCUUUAUUAUAGGUUUUCCUUUCUAAUGAUUGCUACCGUGUGGUAGUUGAUCAUUUUGCUGUAACAGCAUGUCCUGAAGUGUUCGGCGGUGCUGUGGUCUCUCAGAAUGUACGACGUUUUCUCAUGUAAUAAAUGAAAACACCUGCUAGCAAAGGAGCAGGAACAUUUAAUAAGUAAUAAAAAGUACAAUUUCUUUUGUAAAUGUGUGCAGAAACAGUGACCCAUUAAUGUGAUAAAGUUUUAUUAAAGAAAUUAAUAACUGUC